GUACGUUUAUAUCGAAUUCUGAUGAAUCGAGCAAAAUCACAAGUGGCGAACGCACAAGUGUGACUGAAACACUUUGAAAUUCAAUCAAUUUCAAAAAAUUUAUUUAUCGAUUGCCUUCAAUAAUACAAAAUUGUGUAUCGAUGUUUCGCAUACAUAUAUAGUCACAGAUUGAGAAUUGUUUGGUCGAAAGAGAGAAAGAUAUUGAAAGAAAAAUCGGUAUUACGUUUGUGUGAUUUGGAUACGGUCGGUGUGUGUACGCUAAUCGGUUUGGAAAAGAGUUCAAUAAAAGAAAUCACAGAGUCCAAUUCUUCAAACACAGAGAAAUCAAGAUAUAAACAUAAACAUCGAAAUCAUAGUAACCAUGGCGAUUUAUGACUUGAUUGCGGACAAAUUAUUUAUUCAGCUACAAAAAGAAAAUCGUGUGGCUGAUUUAUCCGGUGAAUUUAAUCAACUGACAACGGACGCAUCGCGAGUUGAAUUUGCCGAUAAAGUAUGGACGCACAGUCAAUUAAAAGUUGAUGUACCAAUGCGAUUGCCAAAGGAUCGUGAAAAAUGUUUAGAUUUUCGAAAGCAGGGUAAUCAAUAUUUCUCACUGAAAAGCCGUGACUAUUGUCAUGCACUCGAACUGUACAAUCAGAGUCUUUGUUAUGCUGAACUUGAUAGCGAAGAUAUGGCUAUUGCUUAUGCGAAUCGGUCGGCAAUUUAUUUCGAAUGGAAAAAGUAUGAAAUAUGCUUGGAGAAUAUUCAAUUGGCCAGAGAGCAUGGUUAUCCGGAACGAUUGACGGAAAAGUUGGACCGACGUACGGCCGAGUGUGAACGUGCAUUGAAAAUGGCAAAAGCGAAAAAAUGUAAUAGCGACGACGAAGAUGAUGAUGAUGACGAGGUAGUUUUGGCACCAAAACUUAGCUAUCCACCACAUUCAAAGGUGCCAUUCAUUGCCAAUUGCCUUGAAAUGCGUGAAAGCGAUGAGCUCGGCCGUCAUAUCGUCACAAAUCGAGAUUUAAGCGUUGGCAAAGUGGUCGCAAUCGAAAAUAGCUUUUGCAGUUGGACACUACCUUCGGUACGAUACACAAGAUGUGCCAAUUGUCUUGAAGAAUGUGACUACAAUUUAAUUCCAUGCAAAAAUUGUACAUCAACAAUGUUUUGUUGUGAAGAUUGUGCAAAUGAAGCAUUUAAAAAUUUCCAUCGUUUUGAAUGUCCGGUCAUCGAUUUCAUGUUUAAAAUGUUAAAUAUCAUUCAAUUGAGCGCUGUUCGAGUGGCCAUUUGUGCGCUCACCAGUUUUGAUAGUGUUGAUGCACUACUUAAACUUACAAAUGAUCCGGAAACGAAUAAAAUAAAUGCAUUUACGCUGGAGUACAAGGAGAAAAUGUCGAAAUCAGAACUGUACAAACCAAUUCAUACACUUGAAACAAAUCAAAAUAAACGAACAACGGCCGAUCUAUUUCAACGUGCUGUUAUAACGGCCGUUAUUUAUCGUGCAUUAAUUUCACAUACACCAUUGGCAGAGUUGUUGCAGUGCGAUGACCAUAAGAAAUUGCUAAUGGAGCUCAUCUUUCGACAUUUACAAACUGCAUCAACGAAUUUUCAUCGAUUGGAAACGCUUGCAAAUGCCCGAGAUCCAAAUGAUUUGGAUGAUGUUUCGUAUGGAUCGGGUGCAUUUGGUUUUUGUAGUCUUAUCAAUCAUGCUUGCUCACCGAAUAUUGUUCGAUUACCGAUUGGUACACAAAUCGCCGUUUUUGUACUGAGACCCAUCAAAGCUGGAGAGGAAUUACUUGAUAAUUAUGGUUAUCAUCACAGCCAUGAACGAUUGGAAGUGCGUCAAAAGCAAUUAAAAUUACAGUAUAAAUUCGAUUGCCAAUGUGAUCCGUGUCAAAAAGACUAUCCCGUGUUCAAAGAGCUCAAAGAGGCCAACAUACCAACAUUAUUAACUGAUAACGACAUAACACGCAUCACAAAUCUUGAUAAAGAAUUUGCACGCCAAAAUUUCUCACGGUUUUGUACUUACCUAUCCAAAUAUGCCGAUCAUUACCCGUGCACACAAAUCAGCAGCGUUGAAGAAUGCUUAAAAAUGUGCCUGCUUAUAUUAGUUAAUAACAUACCAUUGAAGCUGCAGUACAAAUAGAAAUUCUCAUACUCAAAUCUCUCUCUAUCGAUCGAUUUUGAUCAGACAUUAGGUUUGAGCUAUGGAUAUAGCGGCCGCUAUUUCAUAGCUGCUAUUCAUAGGCGCUAUUUAUCUCGUUUUAAUGCAUUUAUGCAUAUUGUG